GUGCGUGGACCGGUGUACUAGCAUUCAUUCAUUGGUGUCUGGAAAGUGGCGGCUAAGGUGCUUCACGUGCAGGUUAUGAAACACUGCAUAGGUGCUCUGAUCCAGCUUCCUCUUUAUGUUCAAAGGUUGCUAAAGUUCAGUGACUGACAAACAAGGCUGAGUUUGGCUGAAAGAUGGAGCCCGUCUCUCUCCCACCACUGUCCAGAGUUGCCAUUUGUGGUGGCACUCACGGAAAUGAGAUGUCAGGGAUUUACGUGGUUAGGGAAAUGCAGAAACAGAACGUGGACAAAAUUGGACCCUUUUCUGUAACCACUCUCAUAUCAAAUCCUCGGGCCGUGGACGCUUGCAGAAGAUACACAGAGUCCGACCUCAACCGCUGCUUUACCAGCGCCUUGCUCAGUUCUCCCAUAACAGAUUCAACACCCCAUGAAGUGAAGCGAGCUCAGGAGCUCAAUGCUCAGCUGGGGCCUAAGGGAAGCGACCAGGCCGUAGACGUGCUCAUAGAUCUCCACAACACCACAGCCAACAUGGGCCUAUGCUUCAUCUUUUACUCUGUGGACUGGAUCACUCUGCACAUUUACAAGUACAUACAGACUAAGGUGACUUCUGUGCCUGUUAGGGCAAUCCAGCUAGAAAUACCCAUUUCUGAGGCUUAUUCCUUGGAGUCAGUGGGCAAGCAUGGCCUUGCAAUCGAGGUCGGCCCUCAGCCCCACGGUGUCCUCAGAGCGGAUAUCUUUAACAUAGUGAAAGAGGCAGUGGAUCUCACAGUGAGAUGGCUUCAGGAAUUCACUUCUGGAUGUACGUUCGAGGGGGGUGAAGUAGAAGUGUACAAUCUGUCGAGAAGUGUUGACUAUCCGAGGGACCCGGUGACCGGUGAAAUCACUGCUGCCAUACACCCCCAGCUUCAGGAUAACGACUUCAAGCUCCUGCAGCCAGGCGAGCCCACUUUCCUGUCAUUUCUUGGGGAGACCGUGAAGCAUGAAGGAGAAGCGCUCUACCCCUUUUUUGUGAAUGAAUGUGCCUACUACGAGAAGAAGAUUGCUUUCCAUUUAGCUCGCAAGACCACGCUGAAGAUCCCUUCCAUAUGCGUGAAGAAGGACUGAGAAGAAGACCAAAACAUACCGACUUUAGAUAAUGAGAGACUAAAUGUGUACACUGCAUAUCUGAAUCAUCUUAAAUAAGCUAAUAAUGCACUAACUUACUGUAAUGAUUGUCAAACAUUUCACAAGAGCAAUAACACAAACAAGUUAUUCAAAUAAUUUCUACCUCCUUAAACAUCUAAAGGGAACUCUUUUUUUUUAACUUGACUGGAGGAUGUUUCACAGGAAAAGCUUUUGCACACUUUAUAUUUAUUAGAAUAAAUAUGCUGGUGGAAGCUAAUAUUCUUUGGUACCAUUGCAAUAAUGCAAAACACCAUGUUUGAAUGAAUAAAUGUGAUUAAGUCUGCAAA